AUUUUAACAAAAUUAUUUUGUUAUUAUAUCAUUUGAUUUGGUUGUGAAAAGACAUGAAGUCAACAUUAAUUUUAAUAAUUUUAGUUGUAAUUUUUAAAAGUCAGAUCGUUCGUACGCAGUUCUGUUUCACAUAUCCAGAUCCUUGGACUAAUGUUCGAAUAUAUUUCUAUCAUGGCGAUGAAAAUUUACAGAACGUAUCAUAUCAAUUAAAAGAUGCAAAUCAACUUUUAGAGAAUGCAGAUUUUAAUAUUGAACAUAUAACAACUUUAUAUGUACAUGGUUAUUCAGAAACCCAAGAACGUUAUAGCAUACCAACAUUGAAGAGAGCUUAUAGCUAUCGCAAAAAUUAUAAUUUUAUAACUUUAGAUUACGCUUCAUAUUGUAACCGUGAUAUAGCAUUAGCUUAUCCUAGGGCUGUUAAUGCUGUCUCAUAUCUAACUCCGUUUGUUUCACAAGCAUUAAUAAAACUUUUUAAUGCUGGAUUGCCAAUUGAAAAAUUUCAUUUGAUAGGUCAUUCAAUAGGAGGACAGUUCGUAGGUUAUAUAGGAAGAAAUAUAAUUGCACAAACCAAUGGUACAAAAAUAUUAAAUAGAAUAUCUUCAUUAGACCCAGCAUACCCAGGAUUCUCUUCUUUUUCGUUUAUGGAAACAAUAAGUUCAAAUGAUGCUAAAUUUGUUGAUGUCAUUCAUACAGAUGCAUAUAUUUUUGGUGCUCCGGUUCAAACUGGUAGUGUAGAUUUUUGGCCAAAUGGAGGUAAAGCAUUACAACCAGGAUGUCCUCCACUCAAUUUACUUACACCAGAUCCAAAUGAUUUUUGUAGUCAUUGGAGAUCAUGGAAAUAUUGGGCUGAAAGUGUUGCAAAUUUAUAUCCAGAAAAAUUUGUAGCAUAUAAAGCAAAUACAUAUUCUGAAUUUUUAACUAGACCAUUAUCUUUCUAUCAAACUAAUGAAAUCACAUUAAUGGGAUUACAAGCUCCAAGAAGGCAAAUAAUUUAUCAAUUUUUGUUCUUUUAAUUUGAAAAAAUUAUCAAAAAUAAAUUGAUUUUUUUCUUUUUUCACAGUUCUAGGGGAAAUUAUUAUUUAUACACAAAUGAUGAGAAACCUUUU